AUGACCGUAUGUAAGUAUUACAUGCGAGGCUUUUGCCGCUUUGGUAAUAAUUGCAAAUUCGAGCAUCCAGGCGGAUAUAGCAAAGGCACGCAACAGAAACCUAACGAGAACUAUACAUAUAAUAGAAAUUAUGACCAUAGUAGAGACAAUCAAAGGAACGAUGCUGCGGGCAACUCACUUUUCACUAGGCAAAAUGUAUUGCAAACAAUCAGGAAAGAUAUAGACGAACAAAAUCAAUCUCUCGUCUGGCCUUUAAGUUGCUAUGCAUUUGUAGGAACUAAAGCCUGUUUAGCGGAAUUCCCAGAAUAUUCAAUGGAAGAGAUACGAUGGGAGGCUUAUGUAGCCAAUGCCAGUAACAACUUUGGCCAAUAUAAUCCCUUUGAAAAGAAAUCAGAAAAUCCAUUUAAUCAGACGACGCCAAAUUUAGGUGGGUUUGGUCAACAGCAGCAACAGUCCAUGUUUUCUUCAAAUAUUUCACAGAACAAUCCUUUCAAUCCUGUUAAUACUUUGCAACAAACGCCAGUCAAUAAUAUACAACCUUCCAUGUCAAGUAAUAACACGCAACAAGGCAUGGGAUCCUUUCUUCAACAAGAUCGCUCAUUUUUUAAUCAAAAACCAGAAUCGACGAUGAGCCCAACACAACAACCAUCAAAUUUUACCCAUUCACCACAAUCACUCCAGCCUACAGUUGGUAAUAACCAAACGAGUAUACAAUCAAGUUUUGAGCUCACUGAAGAAGAUACUAAACAAUACUUAGCUAAUAGCUUUACACUGUAUUCCGUGCCAGAGGUCCCGCCGCUACCAAAGUACUGUUAA